CCACUUUCAAUGUUUACUUUCCGUUGGACAUCAUACAACUGCAAAACACGACCAACUUUUGAAGCGGCGGCUCUCAUAAUUUUCCACAAUCGAACUGAAUUCAACCAUAGCUACCUUGAUACUUUUGUUCUGCGACCUAUCAACCACAAACAGACCGACCAGAAUCGAUGUCGCAACAACAGCUAUCCCGGCUUCUCCCUCUGCCGGACGAAGACCUCAAGCAGGUGCUAGACUACGCCUCGACGCUCUCCAAGACCGAAGCGAUUGACCACUUUACAAACCUACUCGGCGACUCUCCUGCCGUAAUCGACUUCAUCUCGACCUUUAACGCCCGUCGCGCCGACCCAAAAGCGCCGCCCGCCCCGUCUCCUGCCGCCCGAACACCAUCAGCACCCAGCUCAGCACAGAACUCGGCUCCAAAUUCAGACAUCGAUCGAGUCCCGAAAUCACAGCGCAAACCAAAGAAGAAGCAGGCGCCACUACAAGCACAACCUUCUCGCCAAGUCACAAACUUUGCCCUUGCGCCGGGGACGAAGGCUUACAACAAGAAGGAUGCGGAUCUCGAAUACAUCUCGGCCAAGUCCAAGCCGACAACACCAUCAAACGAGCAAGUCGGAGGGCCGAGCAAACCGCCACCGUCAAAACCUACCACACAACCCGCUCAGCCGACACCAAAACCACCACCAUCCGCCCACGGCACAUUAGUCUCCGACCUGGGCAAGCCGAAGCCCAAGUCAAACCCCGCUUCUCGAACCUCAACACCCGGCCCGAGCAAUGGCAAGAAUGCUGCCACCAAGAUCUCAAUAGCCGGCGGCACUCCCAUGCACGGCGCCUCCACCGCCCUCUCCGACCUCGACGACGCCAUCCGCCAACUCGAAAUAACCACCAACCCAACGCACACCUCCAACUCCGCCUCGGGCAUCGCCUCGCGUCGGUGCAACUGCGUCGCCGCACGGCACCCUCUGCUCGCCGCCGCUCCGAACUGUCUAAACUGCGGCAAAGUGAUUUGCGUCAAAGAAGGUCUCGGCCCCUGCACCCUUUGCGGCCACCCUCUCUUAUCGCAAGCCGAAGUCCAGCAAAUGAUCAAAGAACUCAAAGCCGAGCGCGGCCGCGAGAAGAUGGCUGCCGACCGCGCAGCUAACAAGAAGGCUGACGUGGGUGGUGUUCCCAAGCCGUUUGCUCGACCGAGGGGGUAUGGUGAUGAGUACGAGGAUGCGCCUACACUGCAGGAGGCGGCGGCGAAACAACAACAAGCGCAGGCUGCGCAAUCAGCGAAGCAAAAAGCUAUCGAGCAGCGCGACAAACUGCUUAAUUUCCAAGCAGAAAACGCGCAAAGAACGACGGUGAGGGACGAAGCGGCGGACUUUGAUGUUAGUGCGAUGGGAGGAAGCAUGUGGGCUUCCCCCGAAGAGAGGGCGCUAGCCCUCAAGAAGCAGCAGAAGCUGAUGAGGGAGAUGGAGUGGAAUGCGCGCCCGGAGUAUGAGAAACGCCAGCAGGUGGUUAGUAUUGAUCUGGUGGGCAAGAAGGUGUUGAGGAAGGUGACCAAGGUUGAGAGGCCUGUUACGCCUGAUUCUGAGCCGGAGGAGAAUGAUGGGCCGGGGGAGUAUCAUGUUGCUCCAACGACGUCGAGGACGAGUGGUGGUGGUGCGUUUAGCAAGAAUCCGUUGUUGGGAGGCAUGAUUAAGCCGGUUUAUGAACCAGCAAAGGAAAAGGGGGCGGAGUUGGAAGGCAGGAGGGAUAAGAGUACGAGGUGGAGGAGGGUGCAGGAUGAUCGGGAUGAUAAUGAGGCGGUCAUUUUGGAUGGGGGCAUUUAUGGUGGUGGACGGAGUCAGGAUGUGAAGACGGAUGCGAUGGGGGGUGGGGAUGAUGAGCCUGCUUGUGGUUGAGCUAGUCGCCUUUCGCGAAAGAUAGAGGAUUGAAAUGCUGUUUUUCCAUUAGAUGGGUUGGUGGAUGUGAUCACUGAUGAUGUCUGCAAGUCUCGUGAGGACGUGUCUUGGUGUUUUGGACCGGGCCAGGCUGCCAGCUGAGAAGCCCGAGAGACAUGGCUUGCGAUAAGAGCUUCCUUCGCGAUAAGAGCUCCUGGACUGAUACUCCACCUUCGUUCUUAGCCUUCCACUUGCCGUCAAGGUCCUCACUCACCGGAGUCACCGCGGCUUGGGUCGGCAUUGGUGAUGUUGUGUUUACGAUGGCCGACCCAGGCAACUACUGUGUAUGGCUGGGUAUCACAGGUAUCU